GGACACGGCAGCCCUGCCGUGACGAUGUCACCUGAAGUGCCUUUGUAUGUGCAGGUUUGCGCGUCGAUCCUCAUCCUAGCCUCCGCCACAUCGCCGGUUAUGGGGGACAUUGGACGGCAGCGCUCCGAUUCCCUGGCUCCGAUCGACGAAAUGCUGUGGCAGCUUCCUGGAUUCAUCGCCGACGCCCAUCGCCGUGCAGCAAAUAUGACUGAUCAUCGCCUCGUGGAAAACGGCCUCUGCGCACCAUCGAUGAGCACAGUGACGUCACUCCAUCGUGAUACGUCACGGAGCCUGCCAGCUAUAAAUCUGCUACCGAGACCUACGAUCAUCAGUGGACACGGCAGCCCUGCCGUGACGAUGUCACCUGAAGUGUCUUUGUAUGUGCAGGUUUGCGCGUCGAUCCUCAUCCUAGCCUCCGCCACAUCGCCGGUUAUGGGGGACAUUGGACGGCAGCGCUCCGAUUCCCUGGCUCCGAUCGACGAAAUGCUGUGGCAGCUUCCUGGAUUCAUCGCCGACGCCCAUCGCCGUGCAGCAAAUAUGACUGAUCAUCGCCUCGUGGAAAACGGCCUCUGCGCACCAUCGAUGAGCACAGUGACGUCACUCCAUCGUGAUACGUCACGGAGCCUGCCAGCUAUAAAUCUGCUACCGAGACCUACGAUCAUCAGUGGACACGGCAGCCCUGCCGUGACGAUGUCACCUGAAGUGCCUUUGUAUGUGCAGGUUAGUGCAAAAAGAUACGGUUUUCGUGGUGAUUACCUUUGUUUAGUUGUGCUGCCGUGUCCACAAGUGCUGCUUGAUUGUGUCUGCGACUGCUUUUCAAUGGCAUGCAUACUACUUAAGCUAUCAGGGGAUGUAGAGGAAAACCCGGGGCCUAUUUCUCAAGCCACCCUAAAUGAAAUUCUACAAACCCAAAAAGAUAUUUUGGCCAAAGUUACUCAAAUUCAAGAAAAACAAACUUCGUCUGAGGCAGGUAUAGUGAAAAUGCAAACAAGACUCGAUUCCAUCGAAGCAAAACUCGUGGUCCUAGAGAAAUCCCAAAUAAGGCUAUCAAACAUUGAGUCUACUAUGAGUGAUUGUCAGGCGGAAAUUGAUGCACUAGCUAAACAAGUCGAUGGCUUGGAAAAUCAAUCCCGGCGUAGCAACCUGAUUGUAAGGGGUAUACUGGAAGAAGCGAAUGAAAACGAAGAAACAUUGCUGAAAAAAGUAAAUGACGACGUUUUUGAGGCAAAACUCGGAGAGAAGUUAAGUACCAUUGAGAGAAUACACCGUCUUGGUAAGGUGAAUCCGGGUAAUCAUCGUCCAGUUAUCCUUAGGAUUGGUGAUUUUAGGGAAAAAACCAAGAUUAUGAAUAAUUGCUACAAGCUUAAAGGAAGGAAAAUAAGCAUUUCAGAGGACUAUUCUAAAAGAGUGCAUGAUAUUCGGAAAAAACUCUGGAAUACCACUGUUGACGAAAGGAAAAACGGGGCCAAGGUAAAGAUGGUAUUCGAUAAGAUGAAGGUGAACAAAAUCCUUUACGCCUGGGAUGAAACUACGAAACAAAGGUACAAAUGCCAUACCCCUUCUGGGAGUGGCAAUUGACGCAGGAACAUAGGGUCAAAACCGUUCAAAGUUAUAAAUGUGAACGCCAGAAGUAUAUUAAAUAAACUUGUCGAAUUAGAAAGCCUAAUCAUAGAACAUGAACCUCACCUAAUAGUAGUCACCGAAACUUGGCUGCACAAGGAUGUACUCGACACUGAAGUCACCCCUCCGAACUAUAAAAUAGUAAGAAGGGAUCGAGAAGACAGAGGGGGGGGAGUUGCGAUAAUUAUCAAAGACAACAUAGCAUUUUCUGUACUUCCAGAUGUGAAUGGCGUAGAAGCACUAUGGGUCAAGAUAAAAUUAGAUACACAAACAGUCUUCAUUGGGGGUGUUUACAGGGCUCCAAAUGCUCCGUUGGACGUCCUGGUAAAUCUACGAACAUUUAUGGACACUUACCUGCCUCAGGAUAGUAGGAAAUUGUUACUUGGGGAUUUCAACCUACCCGGCAUUGACUGGUGUUCGCAAUUGCCUGGAACACGAGAAGUGCCUAGUUGUGAGCAGUUACUUGAACUGGCUUUUUGUCAUAAUUUAGUUCAAGUUGUGUCUGGUUACACAAGGAUAUGUCCUACAACAUCAUCCAUACUUGAUUUAAUUUUUGUUUCCGAACGAAUACACAGUUCUGUCUGCGAAUGUGAAACACUGGAGGGCUUGUCAGAUCACAGGAUGGUUUUGUUGUCAUUAAACGCAUCACCAGAUGUCAUAAGUACUUCGUCCAAAAAAAGUUUCUUUAAUUUUCAUGACGCUGAUGACGCUGCUGUGAUAGACUGUCUUGAUUAUUCAUAUUCAGAGUUUAUGCAGCUGUAUGACUUAGGUGCUAGCACGGACCAACUAUGGGAAUUCUUUUCGCAAUUAGCAGAACGGUGCCUUAAUCACUUUAUUCCUAAGAAAACUAAGCGCACGAAUAAAAAGAAUCCCUGGAUAACCAGAGAUAUACUUCAUCUCAAACGAAGACUUAAACGCAAACGUAAGGCUUACUCACCCAACCCAAACCCCCAAAAUAAACUAUGUAUUCGCCGCAUGAGUCAGGAUUUAAAGAGACUUCUUAAGGAAUCAAAAGACAGAUUCUAUAAUGUGACGCUCACAAAAUUUCUUCGCGAGUCACCUGGCAAAUUCUGGCGCUAUAUAAAUCCGUCUAAAGUUCUGCACCCUGCUCAGACCGAGGAGAACGCCCAUAAGCGUGCUGAAGAUUUUAAUCUAUAUUUUUCAUCUGUUUACGUACGUGAUAAUGGUAUACUGCCUCCUUUUAAUGUUGACACUGAAAGACCUCCUAUUGCUGAUUUACAUAUUGACGAGCAAGGUGUUUUAAAUCUGCUAUUACAUAUUGACAUUAAGAAAAGCCAAGGUCCAGAUCGUAUCCCUAAUGAGUUUUUAUAUAGAUACGCUGAAUGGGUAUCUAAAUACUUGUCCAAAAUUUUUCAGUCUUCUUUGAGUAGCGGAUGCUUUCCAACUGAUUGGAAGCGAGCAAAAGUUAUACCGGUUCAUAAAAGCGGAAAUAAUUCUGUUAGUAAUUAUCGCCCGAUCUCGCUCACUAGUACAGUUUCGAAGUUACUUGAACACAUCAUAUCCAAACACCUA